CCCCGUCCCUCCCUCUACACACACACACAUACACGCACCUCUGCCUCUGCAGGCGGAUGAGGGGCAUUUUUGACAAUUAUUUUCUUUCCACUCCCAUCCCUCGUCUGACAUCACUUCUGCAGGAGGGAGGGCGGGAACAGCCCCGCCGCCAGACGGUCGCGGAGAGCUCCGCCGGCCCCCGCGCCCCAUUUAUCUCAAACUAAAUACUCCUCAGAUCAAGGAUGUUGAUUCUUCUGGCUUUCAUUAUUAUAUUUCACAUAACUUCAGCAGCGCUGUUGUUCAUCUCAACUAUUGACAAUGCCUGGUGGGUAGGAGACAAUUUUUCUACAGAUGUCUGGAGUACAUGUGCCACAAAUACUAGCACCUGCACACCUAUAACUGUUGAAUUCAGAGAAUAUCAAUCAAUUCAGGCUGUUCAGGCCUCCAUGAUCCUAUCUACUAUUUUCUGCUGUGUGGCGUUUCUGGUUUUCAUUCUUCAACUUUUCCGUCUAAAGCAAGGAGAAAGAUUUGUGUUAACCUCUAUUAUCCAGCUCCUGUCAUGUCUGUGCGUUAUGAUUGCAGCUUCAAUUUACACAGAUAGGCAUGAGGAACUGCACAAGAGCAUGGAAUAUGCCAUUGAAGUUUCUAAAGGCCAAUAUGGCUAUUCCUUUGUCUUAGCCUGGAUUGCAUUUGCCUUUACUCUGAUCAGUGGUGUUAUGUACCUAGUAUUAAGGAAACGUAAAUAAAUGUUGGCAGCUAGUUAUUACUGUCACGACAGUACAAAACCAAAUUCCAAUAACUAUUUUGUAUAUAAUCAUUUACAUGGUUUCGUAGUAAAGGUAUUGUUUCUCUAAAAAUGUACUGUGUUCUUGAUAUGAAACAGAAUUAAAAAAAAAAAAACAAAAAAAAACCAACAAAAAAACAAACCACAACAAAAACAACCAACAGCAGGUUUAAUGGAAUGCCUGGCAUUCGGUCUGAGCAAGACUGACCCAAGUUUUCUUUUACUUAUUUCACCGUCAUCACAGGUGAAAUGGUGUAUUUCCCUUUUCUAGGCAUAAACAGUGCCUGGCCUCUGUCAGAUCACUAUUAAAGUCUUUGCAAAUUAAUUUGGAAGCAAUAUGCUAAGCAUAUUCCUGGCCUGGAUCUAGUCCUUUGGGAUGGGAUAAGUACAAGGGAAGUGAAAAAUGAGGUCAGGAUCAUGGUGCAAAAGCAAACAAGUAUGAAAGCCUAAAGCUGCACUCAAUGUGGCUGUUAUAGCAGAGGACGAAUGUUCUGCUAUUUAUAAUGUGCAGUAAGUGUCAUCAAGCUUUUAUUAAAACCACUUGCUUUGCAAAAGUAAACAACUCCUUUUUGUACUCCAGCAAAUGAUUCUCUUUAUCCUUCUUCACUUUUAAUUUAAGCCUACAGAGCCUUUGGCAGGAAAAGUUACAAGUAUAUUCGAUGUUCAGUGCACAACUUGGGACUGGAGCAGUCUGAGCAGAAAGAGAUCCUCCACUCAAGUCCUGCAGCCCUUCAUUUUUGCAUUGUGCAGUACCAAAUAUAACUUUUUUUUUUUUUUUUUUUUUAAACAGCCAAACUCAGUAUGUUUAUUCCACUGGGCUUUGGUUGGAUGUAUCAUGUUGGCUAAUAUAUGAUUUAUAAAGGCUGCUUUUUUUUUCCUGUGUCUGCUCACUAGGAAAUUGGCCUUUACAAAAUUCAUUCUAAGUUCCUAUGUGAAUUUUACUUGAAUAAAAAUUCCUGCUAGAGAAACCAGAGUGUAACUAUUAUGCAUAGGAGUUCCAGGAUAGUUUUUCAAAGUUUUUGGUGAUUCUUACUUUUCAGUAAUUCUGUGAGAGAAUUACUGUAAUGCCAGAUUUAAGUGCUCAGCAAUAUAAUACUGGCUUUGGCUGGUGGUGAUUUCAGGGUUUGGAGACCUGUGUGGGGAAUGAAUGAAGUGGCUUCUUCAUGUUAGUCACACCUUUGAUAUUAAAACAUAGAUUUGACUUUGUAAAAGCAUUAACCAUGUAUUCAUUCCAUGAUAUUUGCUACAGCUGACCCAAUAUAUAGGCAAUAAAAGUAAAUGAAUUUUAAAUGAGAUUUUAUACUUAAUGUAGACCAAAAUUACUACUACAAAAUAAUGUAGCUCUACUAAUGUUGAUAACUUACCCUGUUCCUCAGCAGCUGAUAGUCUGACCCUUUGCUGCAGGUAAUUCAUCCUUGAGUUCUCAUGGAACUGUGUAGAAAUUGUCUCUGACAUGAGUAAAGUAAUGGGUCAUGCUGUUCCAUCUCCAUUCCCUGAACAUCCUAAAAUGCUCUAACGAGUAAUACUUUUAUUAGGGAGCAAAGAAAGCACAACAGGGGUGUUGAGAAAUUAAUUAGACAAAUAAGCAGAACAGCAAAUUAAAAUAACAGCAGUUAAAAAAACCCCUCGAUAAAUCAGUCUGAGCGAAAUGCAUUCUCACCUUCCCAGUCUUGCAUGAUGUGGUGUUCUGUUAGUCCUAUUUCUCUUAGUGGGAACACUCUGAAUUUCAGGCAUUACCACCCUACUUUUUAAAAAAGUGUUUCUGCUGUUUGCUGAAUACAUUUCAGAUUCAAAACCUGAAUUUUGCUGGCAAGGAGGAUUUGUUUUAAAUAAACAGAUGUAGGUUUAAGGCUGAAAGCAGAUAGAUAGAUAGUCUGUAAGUCAGGUGUUUGGCUAGUUUUAUUCAAACAUGAAAUAUUAAGGGCAAAAUUCUAAACCAAAUGUUCAUUAAAGCUAUUUUAUAUCUAGAAGAUAAUCUUAUAACACUGUAAAUUAAGCUGAAAUGCCACUGACUUGAAGAGAUGCUUCUUCAGUUUCUUGCCUUAAUAAUACUUAGGUCAUUUAUCGAGCAAAUAUUUAAGAUAAAGAUGUAUAUAUACAUGAACUCCGCUUACUUCUACGGUAAAAGCUCUGCCACUUUAGUUAGAAGUGAAAAGCACACACACUUCAAUGUACAAACAGCAGCAUGCACAUGGUGCCACACAGAGAACCUAUGUCAGUGUUGGAAGUACCAAGAAAAUAAAUGCCAAAAUUUUGAAAGAGAGUUUUAAUGGGACAAACAUAUUUUGGAAUAUUCUUUUUACCUGAUGUGCCUUUAAAAUAUACCAUUUUCUAUGCUCUAUAUAUUCUGAAACUGUACAUGAAAAUAAAACAAAUUCUUGUAUUGUAUUAGCAAGAUCAAUGCA